AUGGUCGUUAAGACUUCACUCGACACCACAUUCGUUCUACAAGGGUCGUGGAGCCUUUCAUCUCUCGUUAUACUUACCUGGAUAAUGUCGCCGAAUAUCUGGUUCUUCCGCCGCCAGUCCGGCACAUUCAAGGUCCUGGUCCGUGCGUCCCUUAAUCUCAUCAAGGCCCUUCCUUUCUCCCAGCCACGGCCCCAACGUCGGAAGGUGGCGCUAUUGGUUGGCAUCACCUAUUCCGAGUCGCUACCGACGCUUGGAUGGAGGUUGAAGGAGCCGACGAACGACGUGGCCAGCGUGAAGAAGGUCCUUAUAGAACGCUUCGGGUUUGAAGAUAAGGACGUCAUCGUGCUGUCAGAAGGCGACCCAUCAUCGCAACGUCCAACGCAAGAGAACAUUUCAACUCAUCUAGAGGCGUUCAUCUUACCCGAGGAGAAUGUUGACUAUUUCUUCCUCUAUUCUGGUCAUUCAUCACAGCGCAAAGACGUCGCGGGCAUUGAAGAAGAUGGGCAGGAAGAAUUUAUUAUCCCAUGCGAUGCUGUGCACCCUGUCAAGGGCGACAUUCUAGAUGACAAGACCAUCUCCGAUAAGAUGUUGAAUGAGAAGCUGGUAAAGCGUCUCAGGAAGGGCUGUCGCCUUAUGGCGAUCGUCGACUCGUGUCACUCCGGAACUCUUCUUAAUCUACGCCAUCAACGCUGUAACCGGGCAGGAGAUGUCAAGAGUACCCUACGUCGUGUCGCUCGACGUGUGGUUGUCGAGCCCAUCUUCGAUCGUUUACAGCAAAGAUGCCUCGCAGAGAAGAUCCGCAAGUCUGAUAGAAGCUGCUCGGGAUUCUGUCCUCGACUGCCAAUCCAGAUCGGCGAGAAGCCGCUGGCGAUCUGCAUAUCGGCGUGCAGAGACCACGAGGAAACUUUCGAGUCUGAGAGAUGCAAACAUCGAACCAUGACUCAGUCUAUUGUAUCUCUUCUUGAAACUUCGAAUAGGCGGCCAACGUUGGAAGAGAUCAUGGAGAACGCGAGAGAACACGCCCGCAAUGUGAAGGAGAAUAUGAGAGACGAAGUCGACGAGCGCAUCAAGAGCGAGUGCCAUACUUUCCUCUCUCGUAUCAUGAACCGCCCGUACGCGGACGUCAAGAAGAGUUGCAGAGGGAGCUGGGAACCUCAGAUGUCGAGCAAUCAUCCUUUGAACAUGAAGGCUCAACUUCGUCUGUAG